UUUUUAGGGUUUAGGGUUUAUUCAGUGUUUCGAUUUUGAAGUCCGGUGACUGUCUUGGGUUUCUGCUUUGAAGUUCCUCCAUUCUCUGGUAUAUUUGGUCUCCAAUUUCAAUUAAAUGGGGAAGAAGAAGUUCAUCGACAAGAAAAAAUCCGCAACAUUCCAGUUACUCGCUCGCGACUCAUCCGAUCCCAAUUACCAAGAUUCACCAGGUCAUGAUCGAGUCUUCAUUAGGGUUGACAGCAAUCCAUAUUCAGUCGACGGUAUCUUCCACGAAAGCGACGACCUUUCCGGGCCUAGCCAUUACGCCGACGACCCUGAUUCUAUCUUCGCCGACGCACCCGACGACGAAAACGACGGCGAAGAAGAUGAUCGGGUUUUUGGGAAGCAGAGUUCAUCGCAGCUGUCAAUUGGUGCGACGGCGGCGGCGGCGGUGCCGUUGCCGGAUCAUGUGAGGAGAGAGAUUUUGGAGCUAGGGUUUCCUGAUGAUGGCUAUAACUAUUUGACUCAUUUAAGGGAGAUCAAGAAUACUGGAGGCGGUUCGGCGUUUUAUCAUAACAGUAAGGCCAGGCUUGAUCAGCUUCCCCUCGAUGUCAAGGGAUAUGAUGCUUCAAGAGUUCAUAUUGGAGAUGUGAAAAGAGACCCGGAUGAGAAGGCCCUUUACAGUGUUGCAGAGAAGACUGUCGGUGUGAGGCUUCAGAAAGCAGUUGAUCCUGAAGUGGCUGCAUUGUUAGAUUCCAAUGAUUCUGUGCUUGGUUCUGAUGUAGAGGAUUUGGAAGAGGAUUUUGUUAUUCAGGCUAAUAUUCAUGAAGAAGGGAAGGAUGAUUUCAUUGGUAAGAAAUUAACAAAAGAAGAUGUUGAUGAAUCUUGCACCCAAGAACCACAAGAAGACCUGGUUGAAUUUGUUGGUCAUGAUGAAAUAAGAAACCAAUUUGUAGGAGCUGGAGAUGACAAUAUUAUUAGCGAGGAGCCAAGAGUUCACCGUCUUUUGGAUGAGCAAUUUGAUCAGCUUGAGCGUAUGGAAUAUGGCACAGAAAGUGAUGAUGAUUACGGCGGUUCUGUAGCUGAGGAUUAUGAAUCUCUUGCAGACAAGCUAAAUCAUGCUCUUAAGGACCAUGCGACAGAUGACUUGGAACUUGAUGAAAAAUAUAGGGUUCCUGCAGAUUUAUUGCGUGACAAAGAGGGACUAAAAGAUUCAGGGUCAUUGGACUCAUCUGCUGAUGUGAUUCGUCGUUGUGUGGAAUAUGCUGAAAAGUAUGAAAAUGAAGACCCAAAUGAAGAUGUUGUUGUUCUAGAGGAAAGUAGUGAUGAAUCCGGAGGGUGGGAUUGUGAAACUAUCGUUUCUACAUAUUCAAAUCUUGAUAAUCACCCAGGAAAAAUUGAAGCCCCAGAAAUAACUAGAAAGAAAAAGUUGGUUGAAACUGUCUCUGGACCCUUGAGUGCCACCAAUCAUGUAAUACCCCUUCGAGGGAAAGAGAAGCUCCCUGUUGACUUUUUGCCUCGUGGCAAAAAACCUUCUACAGAGAAGGCUAAGGAUGUGAGUAGCCUGAGAACUGAGCAGCAGAAGAGGAAGAAAAUUGGUCAGGAGGAAAAGAAAGAAAAGAAAGAACGAAAGGCUGCUGUAAAAGAGGAACGGCGAGAGGCACGGCGUGUGAAAAAGGAAACAAAGGAGAUGUACAAGUCUGAAACCCAGCGUGCUCAAAGAGUUGCUGCUAUUUCUGGCCCAUCUUCAAUUCAUCUUUCGUAAUUUAUCAUCAUCUGAGUAUUCAGACAAUUUUGGUCCCCCAACAAAGCAUGGCUUCAAGCAAUGUAACUGCAGUAAUCUCACUCCAAUGGCCUGCAUUAAAGCAACCCGAACAUUUGGCUCUUGAUGUGUUGCUCUCCCUUCUGGAGUUGAGCACCUUGGUGUUUUACUUUUGUUUUAGUUUCUAAUGUGGUUGGUUAGUGGUUGAUAUUCUCUGCUGCUAUGUGGAAUGGGAGAUGAAACAGAAGAGUCCUAUGUAAUGCAGCACUGCUUGGGCUUUUAAUACCACACAGGUCCUUUCCUUUUUUGUCGAGACAUGCAAAAGAUCAAUUUGACUACUUUCAUGAUUUGUGGUUGAUUUUACCUCUCUAAUA